AUGAUGGUGUCCCACAGUGUUUCGAACAAUGAUGUCGUCUUUGAUGUUGUAUUGCAACUUCUAGCCUCACUGACGCUUUCCGCAAACGACGCUCACAAUUUGAUACAAGUCAUCGUCGACAGCACUGGACUAGAGAGCCCUGGGCCCUCUGCUGCCUCUCCCACCACAGAUGCACAGACAUUGGUAUCUCCCGCUGCCCAGACUCUGCCCACCAUUGCUCCCGCUGCUCAGGCCUUGCCACCCACCCCUCCUGCUGUUCAGCCCCUACCACCCGUUGCUCAGCCCCUGCCACCCGCUGCUCAGGCCCUAUCGCCUGCCCCUCCCGCUGCUCAGGCCCUGUCACCCGCUCCUCCUGGCCCCGCCCCUCCCACUCACAUUGAUCUUCCUAACCCUAAUGUGCACAAUGAACACUUACCCGAUCUCCCAACAAGCAGAGUCAUGGUCAACGGGGAGGAACACCUUCAGCAGCACUAUAAAGGCUUUACCUUUGACAUUCCGCAUCCAGAUGCUAGAGGCCCAUUCUACAUUGUUACUCGUGGUCGCCGGGUUGGACACGUACUUCUCCCCACGUUCUCGGAGUCAGUUGUUCGUCUUACACUCGUGCGAGGUCCUGGUCUGACGGCGUCCUGGUCUGACGGCGUCCUUCGCAUGCUUGAUGCAAUCAAGCUUGAAGAAGCCAGGUGGCUGCCUUGA